AUGGGCGCAGAUCUGGCAAUCCUUGGUCGCUGCGUCAAACCGGAGUAUACCAGAAAUAUGACCCAGACCGCGGAAAACUCGACUAUUCAAGGACAAGACAACUUUGAUCCUAUGCGGCUCCAUAAGCUGUGCUUCUCCUUGAGCCUAGGUAACUUCGGAGAGUAUGUGGAGAAUUUGCAGCUAGACAUUACCCAGAUGAAUUUCAAGGCUUGUUUCUCUUCCGUCGAGAGGCAUAAACCACAUGAUUUCUCCGUUGCCUUCAAAGAUAUCCAAAAACUACAGCUCAUCAGGCAAAAGCUCUUAAGAGUCUCGAAUAUCCUCCAUUCACUCUCAGAGAUAGCCCGAAGGCUCCAAGGUUACUGUCAGCACCUUCAAUCCACUACCGGUGAACAAAUGCGAACUGGUCAUUCGCAGGACUUUGAAAUCUGUAAGAGCCGUAUCGAAGUAUAUUCUCGACGAGUGGAGAUGGCUCUCACCUUUUCAACAGAGAUAGAAAGUCUGUUAUCAAAGAUUCUCGAUUUCCGACACGACGAAGUCUUGCUAAAGACAAGCACUGCAAUGCAAGCUAACUUGGACGUUCUCAAACGGAUCGCAUUUGUGAAUGGAGAGGAGAAUCGAAACCUGUCUAAGAUUAGCACCCAGAAUCGAGCAGAUUCGCACACUCUCAAAGCACUUACAACGAUUGCGACCAUGUAUCUGCCUGCAAGCCUGAUAGCGACCCUUUUCAGCUCAAAUUUGGUUCAGAUCCAAUCACAAAUCCUCAAAGACUCAAAGGCUCGCUUUGCUGUCUCCAGUGAAUUCUGGAUUUACAUACUUGUUACCGUGCUAUUGACUGCGGUCACUUUGGGACUGGUCGUGCUACUGCAGAAACCGUGGAGGCGUUUCCUAUCUCCAUCUAGGAUUCCUUAG